AUGGCUUCACGAUAUUCUGCCGUACACGAACACCCACAGGGGCCUGGAGAUGCCCGUCCAACGGCGCUGCAGAUUGUCAAGAACGAAGGCGUUGAAAAUGCGUUCGCCGGAAAGACGGGUGCCACUCUUUAUCUGACUGCACGGGAUAUCAACAAAGUCAACGAAGCCUUGAGUGACAUCAUUGACAGUCCCCGUGUCCAUGUCCUGCACCUUGACCUCACAUCCCUUGCCUCUGUUCAGCACUGUGUUGAGGAAUUCACGUCGAAAAGCCCAACAUUGAAUGUGCUCAUCGAAGAUGCAGGUGUUAUGGCAUGUCCAGAGAGCCGAACAGUGGAUGGGUUUGAAACACAGUUUGGAAGUAACUACCUCGCACACUUCCUACUCUUUUACAAGCUGAGACCUCUCUUGCUGGCUUCCUCCGCGCCUGACUUGCCUCUCGCGUCAUUAUUUCUUAGCGGGGAGUAUGGGCCUUGGAAGGCCUACGGCCAGAGCAAGACCGCGUUAGUGUGGGCCGCCAACGAGAUUGAGAGGCAAUACGGGCCCCAAGGGCUGCAUGCCUUUAGCCUGCACCCCGGUGGGAUUCAAACAGAACUGCUCCGCCAUGUCACAGAUCAACAGAAGGCUGACUGGGCUGACAAUGAUGUAUUGUCGAGGUACUGGAAGAGCCCUGAGCGAGGAGUAGCUACGACUGUGUGGGCAUCCGUGGCAAGAGAGCUAGAAGGCCAGGGAGGCAAGUAUCUAGACAAUUGCCAGAUUGCUGAGCCGCACGAUCCAAGUAAAGGAGAUUUUGCACCGGGCUAUGCUCCAUGGGCCUAUGACGAGAAUGGUGCGACAAGGCUCUGGUCUACUACCCUGGAAAUGCUGCACCUAGACGCUGAAUGA